AUCACGAGCCUUCAGCGAGUAACUCCUCAUGCAUUUCAAUGCUUCGAAUAAUGUUAUCGAAAUGAAGUUAUUAAGGAUCAGUUUCCACAGAAGGCGAGUGAGAGAAACGCAUGCGGGCGGGGAUAUUGGCUCAUUCAUUGGGUCAUUGAAUACUUUGAUUGACACGUGAGAAGCAAAAGGUGCAGAAAGUUUCCUAUUGGUCGCCGAGGCGGUCUCGGUCUCCCCUGGUCUCGAGCGCAGCGCAUUUCAAGCAACUCAGCCGUGUGAGUCAGCAACAGCUACGGGGCUUCAGAGGUGGAGUUUCCACAACUUCAAUACUUUGACUGCGGAGUCUUAUAAAAUUCAGAGGUAUUUGGCUCUCCCUCCUCAUUUUCUAGACAAAGAGGACUUCAUUUCACUCAAGGCUCACCACUUUGGGGGCUGCAUUGACUGGGGAUCCUGACCAGGAGUUCACAAUGAAGUCCCUUGCAUCUUUGUUGCUUUGGAGGAUCAUCAUCUUGAUAAUGCCAAUGGUCUCGUUGGGCCAGACAUCUGAGUAUGUGUAUGAUACCUGGAAGGCAGAGUUGUACAAUAGCGGCCGUAUCUAUGACAAGCCUCCGCAGUGUGUGGACAUCCCAGAUGACCUGAAGCUCUGUCACGGAGUGGGCUACAACCAGAUGCUGCUGCCCAACUUGCUGGAGCAUGAGACUAUGGCUGAAGUCAAGCAGCAGGCUGGGAGCUGGGUGCCCCUUGUGCACAAGAACUGCCACCCGGGCACUCAGGUGUUCCUGUGCUCCCUUUUUGCGCCCGUGUGCCUGGAGAGGCCCAUCUACCCAUGCCGCUGGCUCUGCGAAAAUGUGCGUGAUGGCUGCACGCCCAUUAUGGAAGCGUUUGGGUUCCCCUGGCCUGAGAUGCUCACUUGCGAAAAGUUUCCGCAAGAUGAUGUGUGCAUCAGUGCGCCCAAUGCCACAGAGGCCUCCAAGCCCACUGGAUACUCUCCUGUUUGUCCUCCUUGUGACAAUGAAAUGAAAACGGAUGUGAUUCUGGAGCACAUGUGCGCCAGUGAAUUUGCUAUAAAGACCAAGAUCAAGGAGGUCAAACGGGAGAACACGGAUCGCAGGGUGAUCCUGCAGAAGAGGAAAAAAACUCUAAAGCUGGGCCCUUUGAAGAAGAAGGACCUGAAGAAACUGACUCUAUACCUGAAGAACGGAGCCGACUGCCCCUGCACGCAGCUAGAAAAUCUCGGAAACACAUACCUUAUCAUGGGACGCAAGGUGGACAAACAGUACCUUCUCACCGGCAUUCACAAGUGGGACAAAUCCAGCAAGGAGUUCAAAAAGGCCAUGAAAAAACUCAAAAGCCACAAGUGCCCUGCCUUUGAGAACGUCUUCAAAUAAACAUUCUCAUAGCUCCCACUUACUUUAUGAACUUGCACAUCCAGGCAACCCAAAAUAUUGUUUUAUUUUUCAUUGUUCAUGUACUAUAUAUAUAUAUAUAUAUUUCCCAUGUAUUUUAUAGAUCAAACACUUGAGGUGUUUUGUCUUGGAUCUGUGCUGUUUAAGACUGAAAAGAUAAUGAAAGAUACAGUAGACAAUCUCUCCACCACAACCAACUGAUCACUUUUGUAUAUAUCCAAACUGUUGAUAGUGUGUUGUAAAAUGAUCAGAAUUCACCUGCAAUUGAUUGUUAACUUUUCUUUUAAAUUUUUCUAAGAAACAGAUUUCCAACGCAUAGUUCUCUGCCAAAAUCUUAGCAAUUUAUUAAUACAAUUUUUUACACACUGUGAAAGUACAUACCAUACAAGCCAUUUCUUUAGGCAUAUUGAGUCUAUUUUGCUAGAGAUACUCAUUAUUUUGCGAUGGGCAUUGGUCACAGACCUUUCUGUGACCUGAGCCAUUCAGUCAUCAAACAUGUUUGGCAGUUCUCUGUUACCUCUGGUGAAGAAUAAGAGGUCUGCUUUGCUUAAUUACUGGCAAGAUAUAUAUAUGCAAAACAUUUAUUGCACUGCUAAAGCCAUGUUUAUGACAAAUUGAACUGCUCAAUCCCAUAUAACUGAGUUGAUUAUGGACAUGUUUGAUAAUAGAGUAUUGUAUACAUAGGCCUAUACUUUAUCUGCUGUAGAACAAACUGUUUUCUGACUAGUACAAUUAUUAUAAAAGAACAGUACUCAAUGACAUAUAACAUCAACAAUACUGAUAAAAAUGUUCAUUGCUACAAGACAUUUUUCCAUGUAAUCUCACAACUCGCUACUGUUAUUAGUGCAUAAUGCUGUUAGCGUUGCAGGUGAAAGGAGGUUUUGCAAAACUCUUGACAUUUUAGUCCACACCUUUGUCUAAAAUGCAUGUCACCACUCAUUUAAGAAUGCAUAGUACGAAUCGCGUGAAGUGUUACUUCCUUUUUUCCUUAAAGUUAUAAUCUUGUUGUGGCGUAGCACUAUUAGUUUGAAUGUUUCUCAAUUCCCAUUUUUAUGUUGGCAAUCAUUUUGUACAUAAAAUUCUAGCACAAAUAUAAAAUAAAGACUAUAAAAAUGUU